UUACGGGUCGGUGAAGUUGCUUUAAAAGGUGCUGCUGUCUCGAGGGCGCUGUUCUGCAGAGGAGCUCAAUUCCGAGAAAGACAGGCGAAACCGAAGAGUGUCCUCGCCCUUCCCCCCCCUCGGCUGCUCCGUCUUCUCUGUUUAAGCUGUAAUCAUGGGCAGAAACCUGCUGAAGAAUCCCAGCGGAGAAGACCAGCUGGAAUUCUGGGACAUUACGGAGAAUGGAGGGAGUCAGUGGAAGGUGGAGGACAUGCCGGGAGACUGCAGCUACGACUUCCCCACGGACGGAGUGACCAGCUACUUUGCAACUUCCUUUGAGCUGUGUUUGAAGAGACAGGUGAUCAACCUGCUACAGGAGGACUAUUCCAGCGAGCAGCUGGACGCCCAGCCGGCUGUCACAGUGGAAGACUGGUACUGCGGGAGGACGGAUUGUGGCUGCAUCUACCAGAUGACCGUGUGUCUGCUGGAUGAGAACGAAGAGGUCAUACAGGAGUUCAAACCGGAGCCGGUGACCCUCGACCCCGAUUGUGACGACUGCUCAUGGAAGCAGGUCAGCCACACGUUCACCGACUACGGGCCUGGAAUGCGUUUCAUCACCUUUCAACACGGCGGACAAGACACCAAGUACUGGGACGGUUGGUUUGGGGUCCGAGUCACCGCGAGCUCCAUCACAGUCGACGUCUGAGCGGGAGGAAGCAGGCGGCAAUAAAGUUGUUUUUGAGAGGAGGAAGGUGGAGAACUGGAGGAGCACGGCUUUCCAGGUUUUAAGCCUUGUGCUCAUCGCCUGCACCUCUGUGUAUCCCGCAUAAUGCUGAAGCUAUUAAUACAGUACUGACAAAUACAGCCGCUUUACUAACUAACUAAUUAAAAUAACUGCAACAAUCUAAUAGUUGGUUGGGUGGAGGUGGUGCAGCACCCAAAUUGAAUUAAAAUGAUGCAAUACAACCAUA